AUGAAGGUUCAGCCUACUGAAGUAGGAAAGCGAAAUCGCGAUGAGCACACAGACACGCUGAUUAAAUCUUUGCUAGACGAAGAGAAGGCAAGCAAGAAACAGAAGAGAGGUUCACCACAUGCAGAUGUCGGCACAAAGCCAGCUGUCCAGGUCCGAAAGGGCAAAACGUUUGCUGAGAUCGAGGCGGAGGAGGGAGGACCCAUUAAAGAGUCCCUAGUUGGGAUGGCACACACAAAACGCGCGCUCGACCGCAAGAAGAGGGAUGUGGAAGUUGGCGACACGGAGUUGGUUACAAACACGGAGCGCUACGAGAAGGACACGCUGGAGGUGGAGCAAGAGGACGGAAUCACGUUUGAGCCCUUCAACCUCAAGCAGGAACGCGAGGAAGGCUACUUCGACGAGGAUGGCAAUUACGUGCUACGGAAGCAGGCUGGCGAGGAGGGCAAUGAGGGAGAGGAUGCAUGGCUGAACUCGGAAGAAGCUAAGGUGGUCAGCGAUGCAGUCCGACGGAAAAUUGAGGAGCAGCGCGCCCGCGAUGAGGCGGCCGCACGAAGAGGGCCCCUUACGGAACGACAGAUAGCGCAGCGCAAGGCGGACAUGGCUGCCUUAAUGGGCCCUGAAGAAACUGUCACUCGGGCCCUGAAACGCCUUGGCGCCGCCGCCGCCGCCGCCGCCGCUGCUGCUGGCGGCUGCGCCACCGCCGGCGGCGGCAGCGGCCUGCCGCACCGCGCCAUGGGCAAGCGCGAACGUGCACGGCUCCUCGCCCAACAGCAGCAACAACAGCAGCAGCGGGGCAUGGAUACAGUCGCCGCUGGCUCCGUUGACACCGCGGUAAGGGUACGGGGGCACUUCACUCGCCUGACGGAACUGGCCGAUGAGUUGCUCGGGGAGGGGGAGCUCGAGAUUUAUGAAGCAACACAGGAAGAGCUGCUGCGAUCCGCGCGAAUGUGGCUGCCCAACCUGACACUGGCGGCGGCGGCGGAGCCGCCUCCGAUGCCGCCGUCGGGUGCUGCUGCUACUGCCGCCGCCAGCAAUCAACGCGGCGCGAGAGACCAAGCCGAUGACAGCGACGAGGAUAUGUUCGCGGAUGAUAAAGAUGAGAAUCGCAUUGGCGAGAAGGCUGCGGGAGAGGGGCCAGGUAAUCUAGCAGCUGCAGCAGUGGCGGCGGUGGAUGAGGACCAGGACAUGUUUGCGGAUGAUGAUGAUGAUGAUGGUGAGGCCGGUGGCGGCGGUGGGGCUGGACGUGCGGCGACAGGGGCUGCCGCGAGUGGUAGGGGCGCGGGCGGCGGCGGCGGCGGCGGUGGCGGAGGUGAUGGCGAAGGCCGCAGCAAGCGAUCGGAGCUCCUGGGCGACACUUCGCCCUCCUGGCCAGUCAAGGAACUCAAGCGUGUGCUGCAGGAACGCGGAGUGGAUUCCAGCGGGUUCGUGGAGAAGGCCGACCUGGUCGCGAAGGUGAAGGAGGUGGUGGACGUGGCGGGUGGCACCACCGGCGGCAGCACCGCGGCUGGGGUUCGUGGCGGCGGUGGGGAGGGGGAGGGGGAGUUCGUGGCGCCGCCGGGGUACGUCUUUGACCCCAGCAGCGGCUACUUCUACUCGGAAGACUCGGGAAUGUACUACGACACCAGCAGCGGUGGGUACUGCCAGGCUGUGACGGGGAGGUGGUUCUAUCUGGAUAAAAGCAGCGGGACGUUUGUGGAUUGGAACCUGCUAGAUAGCGCGACAUCCCGGUACGGCGUAACGGACAAAACGGAUUUUGCAGGAAAACCAGCUACAGGCUUACAGCUCAAGCGUGGAAGCAAGUCGUUGGUCCGAGAGUGCCUCUUACGGAUUUGCAAUGAUGCUAUGGUGAAGCAAACAAGAGGCUACCGGGUCUGGGACUCGGCCAGCGAAGGUGCCUUGAAAGCAGGCGUACGUAAGCAUGGACUUGGAGCAUGGGAACACAUUCGAAAGGACCCAGAGUUCGCGAUUCUCAGUGAUCGGACUGGAGUGCAACUAAAGGACAAAUGGCGUAACCUAGUCAAAUUCAGACUGUUCACAAUUGGCUUUUGCAUAUAUAGGCAUAUUGAUCCGGACGAACAGCGCACAUAUAAGCCUAAGACCCAGGGGCCCUGGUCGAAGAAGUACAAGCGUGAAAGAAGUCAAGGCUUAACCGGGACAGUGUCCCCUGUGAGCGGUGAUGGCGGUGGCGGCGUGUCGGAGGACGAAGGGACGCAGCAUGUGGCCGAUCCGCAGGCACUGCGCCAGUCGGGCCGCUCCAACGCGCAGAAGCGCAAGGCCAUCUCAGACCUGGCGCUAAUGCUGGAGGGGGACGGCGCGGACUUCUACACGGGCAGCGAGGAGGACGACCCCGCGGGCGCUGCGGCUGGGUGGAGCGGCAGCGGGGCUGGAGCAGUCAGCACGGGUGCUGGGGCCGCUGAUGGUGGUGGCGGCGCUGGUGGCGUGGUGGACGGCGAGGGCGGCUUGAAGCGCGGGAGGCCCCGGUCAGCGGCCCGCAGCUCGGUUGGGCGAGGCAGCGCGUCUCGCCAUCGCAAGGCCAUGGAGGACCGGCGUUUUGGUAUUUAUGACAGGCGGAGGUACGGAUUUGCGGAAGACGGCACAGCGCUUCGGGGCCGUUCUUACGACGGCGAGGGCAGCGGCAACGCCAGCGAGUCGGAUGGCGAGGGGGCUGUUGGUGCUGGCGCCGGCGCCGGCGCCGCCCCUGGAACGGCGCUGCCGCCUAAGGGCCGCCGCCGCGGCGGGGCCCGCCGUGGUAGGGAUGGCUCUGACGACGAAGAUGAGGAAGACGAUGACGUGGGCGACCCGGACAGCGACUCGGACGGUGAAGCCGCAAUGGACGAAGCUGGCGGCGCCGCCACCGUCGCUGCCACCGGCGGCGGCGGCGGCAGCGGCCGCAGCCGCGGCCGGGGCGGCGGCAGCGGCGCCAUCGAGGAAGACGUCAUCAGCUGUCCCUGCGGCGUGACGUACGAUGACGGCGAAUUGAUGAUUGAGUGUGAGUCUUGUGCCGCGUGGGCGCACAUCGACUGCCUGCGCCAGCAGGUGGCGACCGCCCCGGACCGCUACCAGUACAAUUUUGACACCUACCACUGCAGCGGCUGCCAGGCGGCCCUGCGCUCCCUCCAACAUGGAUCAAGGCAGCCUCAUGGCUACGGCAGCCGCCAGGGCGGUUAUAGCGCCGCCGCCGGGGCGGGCACCGGCGGCUUGGAAGCCGGUGGCUCAGUGGGCGCGGGCCUGGGGUCGGCGGCGGCGACGGCGGCAGCGGCAGCGGGCCGGUCGCGGCGGCCGCCGAUGGCACAGGGGAUGGUCGCGCCGUCCGCAGUCCGUAACGGUGUGCACAGAGGUCCGCCAGCAGCGCCGGAACAGGAGAGACAGCGAGACGGCGAAGGCGAAGGCGACACUGCUAGCGAAGAUAGCCAGCGGAAGGCAUCAGAGCUCAGUAACAUCUUGUUGGGCCUUGCAAAUGGGCGGAUUGUGACCGGCAGCAGUAGCGGCGCCGCUGGCGCGCGCCGCGGCGGGGGCGGCGCUGCUGCUGCUGCCGGAGCGGGUGGUAGCUUCUCGAAGCUCGGACCUUUCGGUCGGGCAUCAGCGCAGCCGAUGCCUGGGUCAGCGUCAGCACAUCGGGGGGGCAGCGCUGGCGGCGCAGCCGACGCGAACGGCUUCGGCGGCGGAGCCGGUGGCAGCCCGAUUGCUCGCACGGGCUCUGUGGGGCAUACGAGUAGCAGCGGCUUGGGCGGCGCAGCGGCGGCAGCAGCGACGGCUGGCGGGGACCAGACGGCCUCGUUCGCACGGGAUGUUAGCGGCAGUGGCCGGUUGGUGAAACCCGGGCCGCAAGGCGCAGCACCAGACGGCCUACGGAAGGUUACCCCCAUCGCCGUUGGCGGCGGCGGCGGCGUCGCCGCCACUGCUGCCGGAUCUACUGGGGCCGGGCCCGCCAACAGCAGCGGCAGCAGGGGCGGCCUGGACGGUGCCGGCUCGCCUCCGCCGCUACUAGACGGCGGACUGCCGCUAUUCCAGGGCUCCGCCCCCGGCGCCGGUGCCGGUGGCGGCAUCAUCAUAGGCGGUGGCGGCUGCCUCGGGGUCUCGGCUUCCGGGCCCAAGAUAUUCAAGCCCGUGCCGAAGCACGCGACUAUGGGCGGCCUGUCCGGAGGGCAGCUGCAGCCACAACAGCCACAGCAAGCACCACAACACCACCUCCUGUCUGCGCCCAAGGCGAGGCCGCACCCCGCACUUCAGCGUGGUGCAAGCCAGCACAGCCUUCAGAGGAUGCUGGAGGCUGUUAAUCCUUCUGCGGCUGCCGCAGCUGCUGGAGGGUGUGGCGGAGCCGUUAGCGGCGGCUCCGCCGCCGCCGCUAGUGCCCGGGGGCUUCCACUGACCUCUGUGCUGGAAGCAGCCGGUUCAUUGCAGGUCGCGGCGGCGAACCUGUGCGCGGCAUCCGGCCGGAAGGCAGCGGCGGCGGCGUCCGCCAGCACCGGCGGCGCCGCCGCGGCUUCCGACGGUGUCGGCAGCUGUGACGCCGCAGCUGGCGGCGGCGGCGGCGCUCUGCCGCCGCGGCCACCAUCUAGGCCGCCGUCUUCCAUGGCUCGCGAAGUGGCGAAUCGUAUUUUUGGCGAGUCUGAUGAUGACGACGCCGGCGGCGUCCUACGUCCUCUGUCGGCGCUCCGUGGCGGUGACCCAUGGUUCCUAAUGCCGGCGAGUCUCAGCCGCGCCGCCACGCCGUCCGCCUUUAUCGACAGCAUCCUCCGCGCCACUCCGGACAUUGUACCCUUGCCAGGCACCUCGCCGCCGCCAUACCUGGCGGCAGCGCUGGCUGCCGCGGCGUCGCCUCGCUGCACUGACCUUAAUGCGCUUUUGGUGCAACAGCAACAACAACAUGCCGCCCUUCUACAAUUGAUGAGCCAGUCCGCCGCUACGGCACCGUCGCCGGCGUCUGCCGGGCUGCCGCCGCCUGCAGCGGCUGCUUCCGCAUCGGCCAUCCUGCCGCCGCCACCGCUCGCUCGGCUGCCGCCGCCUCUUGCAGGGGCAGGGCUGCUGCCGCCGUUCGUACCCAGCCCACUGACCAUUGGCGGCUUGCCAUCGGCCUGGCCGGCCAGCACGCCGCCCCCGCCGCCCUUACCGCCGCCGCCGCCGGUGUCCUUGCACCCGCCGAGCAACAACGGCGAACCUGUCGCCCUUCAUCCUGUCCUCCGGAACUUGCUUAUUACAACGGCACAGCAACAACAACAACAACAACAGCAGCAGCAGCAACAGCAACCUCAACCUGGGGAUGGGGUCCCACAGCAGCAGCCGCAUCAGAUUGGGCCAGGCUCGGGAUCGGCUGGGACGGCGAACGGCGGAGGCGGUGCAACGGUGAAGGAGGAGGAGGGCGCAAUGGGGCCACCGCAGCAGCAGCAGCAGCACAGCACGCAGGCUUCUUCAGGUCAGAAAGCAGCUGCCGCUGCCGCUGGGUUGUCCAGCGGCGGAGGGCCUGCCGCGUGCCUUGUCGUAUCACCUCUUGGACGACCAUCCACGACGCCGCCACUGCCCAGUGCCGGCUCGAGCGGCGGCACGGCGGCGGCAGCAGCGGCGGCGGCUGGGCCUUUGCGGGACGUGGCUAUGGCCGCUGCCGCCGCCGCGGCUGCGGCUGCGGCGGCGGGCGGCAGCAACGGCAGCGUGCCGCCGCCGCCGGGCCUGGAUAGCAGCGGUUCAUCUGUGGCUGCGUUAUUUGGCCUGGGAGUAGGAGGACUUAAUCUUAGUGUAUUGGAUCAUUUACGAAGGUCGCCGCCUUUAAGGACGCCUUUCGACCAUGACAGUGACACACACGUGGCAUCGUAUCCGGCUUAA